AUGGUACCUAAUCUGAAGCUAUCCAAAACAGAGGGUGAGCUUCUAGAUACUCCAGAACGGUACAGACGUCUUGUUGGUCGUUUGAUGUACCUUACAAUCACUCGUCCAGACAUCACGUUUGCCGUUAAAAAGCUUUGCCAAUACUCAUCUGCUCCGCGACUCCCACAUCUUCAUGCUGUAUAUAAAGUUCUUGAGUAUAUUAAAGGGACAGUUGGUCGAGGCUUAUUAUACUCUGUUGAAGAUGAUUUAACACUCAAAAGAUUUGCAGAUGCAGAUUUGGCUUCUUGUCAAGACAGUCGUCGUUCAACCACUGAAUUUACCAUGUUUAUAGGUUCUUCUUUGAUAUCUUGGAGGUUUAAGAAGCAACCUACAGUCUCACGGUCAUCAGCAGAAGAUGAAUACAGAGCAUUGGCGUUAGCUACUUGUGAGAUGAUGUCUGAGUCAGUUACUUCGUGA